AUGCCCGCCACCAAAACCGAGGAAAGGGGCGAAUCCUCGACCGCUGCGUCAAAGGCAGCCCUGGCCUCGUCUUCGAAUGCAUCUCCGAAUUACGAAUUGCCAUGGGUGGAAAAGUACCGUCCCGUCUUCCUGGACGAUGUGGUGGGCAACACAGAGACGAUCGAGCGGCUGAAAAUUAUAGCUAGGGAGGGAAAUAUGCCCCAUGUCAUUAUUUCAGGAAUGCCGGGUAUCGGAAAGACAACAAGUGUGCUGUGUCUGGCUAGACAGCUACUGGGAGAGUCAUAUAAGGAGGCUGUCCUGGAGCUGAAUGCAAGUGACGAGAGAGGCAUUGAUGUCGUACGCAAUCGAAUCAAGGGCUUUGCGCAAAAGAAGGUUACAUUACCCCCCGGCAGACAUAAGCUCGUCAUUCUCGAUGAAGCAGACAGCAUGACAUCGGGCGCGCAACAAGCUCUUCGCCGAACCAUGGAGAUCUACUCCAACACGACCCGAUUCGCCUUUGCAUGCAACCAGUCCAACAAGAUUAUUGAGCCGCUGCAGUCGCGAUGUGCCAUCCUCCGAUAUGCAAAGCUGUCCGACGCCCAGGUUGUCAAAAGAUUAAUGCAAAUUAUUGAAGCCGAAAAGGUUGAAUAUAGCGACGACGGUCUUGCUGCCCUUGUGUUCAGCGCAGAAGGGGAUAUGCGACAGGCAAUCAAUAACUUGCAAUCAACCUUUGCUGGUUUUGGCUUCGUCUCUGGAGACAAUGUGUUCAAGGUCGUCGACUCGCCUCAUCCCAUCAAGGUACAGGCUAUGCUGAAGGCGUGCUACGAGGGUAACGUAGAUUCUGCGCUGGAUACUUUGAGGGAGCUGUGGAAUCUGGGAUACUCCAGUCACGAUAUCAUCAGCACCAUGUUCAAGGUGACCAAGACGAUUCCAACGCUAAGCGAGCAUUCAAAGCUGGAGUUUAUCAAGGAGAUUGGCUUCACCCACAUGAAAAUUCUGGAAGGCGUCCAAACGUUGCUGCAACUGAGUGGCUGCGUUGCGCGGCUGUCCAAGAUUAAUAUGGAUCCAAAGAAGUUUCAAGUAGCUGCAAAAUGA